AGCAGCAGCAGCCGCCUUCGGGGCCUGUCCGCGGAAGAAGAAGAAGAAGAGGCGGCGGCAGCAGCAGCAGCAAGGGUCUGCAGGAGAGACGGAUGCCCUCCUCGGCCUCUCCUUGGUGCUUCUCAGCCCCUCCUUCGGAUCCCAGCCGGGGAUGGAGACUUGAACUCAGAUCUCUCUGCGUCGACUCUGCGCAAGAGCUUCAGAUAAAGAACAGAAACGUUGAAAUGGAAUUACAUCCAUGUCACUGAAUCAAAUACAAAAAAUAGUGUAUCCUGGAGUCAACGUGCCAUGAGAAAAUUUGCAUAUUGCAAGGUGGUCCUUGCCACCUCACUGGUUUGGGUCCUUUUGGAUAUGUUUUUGUUACUUUACUUCAGUGAAUGCAACAAAUGUGAUGAGAAAAAAGAACGAGGCCUUCCACCUGGGGAUGUUCCAGAACUGGUACAAAAACCUCAUGAAGGUCCAGGAGAGAUGGGGAAACCAGUUGUGAUUCCUAAAGAGGACCAAGAAAAAAUGAAGGAAAUGUUUAAAAUAAACCAGUUUAAUUUAAUGGCGAGUGAAAUGAUAGCACUUAACAGAUCUUUACCUGAUGUCAGAUUGGAAGGGUGUAAGACGAAAGUGUAUCCAGAUAAUCUUCCUACAACAAGUGUUGUCAUUGUCUUCCACAAUGAAGCUUGGAGCACUCUCUUACGAACUGUUCAUAGUGUCAUAAACCGGUCACCCAGGCACAUGCUGGAAGAAAUCAUUUUAGUUGAUGAUGCUAGUGAAAGAGACUUCUUGAAGAGGCUCUUGGAGAACUAUGUGAAAAAGUUACAAGUACCAGUUCAUGUUAUUCGAAUGGAACAGCGUUCUGGACUAAUCAGAGCCAGAUUGAAAGGAGCUGCUGCUUCUAAGGGCCAAGUCAUUACCUUUUUAGAUGCUCAUUGUGAAUGCACAGUAGGAUGGCUCGAGCCUCUGUUAGCACGCAUAAAAGCUGACAGGAGAACAGUGGUUUGUCCUAUCAUUGAUGUCAUCAGUGAUGAUACCUUUGAAUAUAUGGCAGGUUCUGAUAUGACAUAUGGUGGAUUCAACUGGAAGUUAAAUUUCCGAUGGUAUCCUGUCCCUCAAAGAGAAAUGGAUCGAAGGAAAGGUGACAGAACUCUUCCAGUCAGAACACCUACAAUGGCAGGAGGCCUUUUCUCUAUAGACAGAGACUAUUUUCAAGAAAUUGGGACAUAUGAUGCUGGAAUGGAUAUAUGGGGAGGAGAAAACCUUGAGAUUUCAUUCAGGAUUUGGCAGUGUGGUGGAACUUUGGAAAUUGUGACUUGUUCACAUGUUGGGCAUGUUUUUCGGAAAGCCACUCCUUAUACAUUUCCAGGAGGCACAGGGCAAAUAAUUAAUAAAAAUAAUAGACGACUUGCUGAAGUUUGGAUGGAUGAGUUCAAGAAUUUCUUCUAUAUAAUUUCUCCAGGUGUUACAAAGGUAGAUUAUGGAGAUAUAUCCUCACGAGUUGGACUGAGACACAAACUACAGUGCAAGCCUUUUUCCUGGUACUUAGAGAAUGUUUACCCUGAUUCCCAAAUACCACGUCACUAUUUCUCUUUGGGAGAGAUAAGAAAUGUGGAAACAAAUCAAUGUCUAGAUAACAUGGCAAGAAAAGAAAAUGAAAAAGUUGGAAUCUUUAACUGUCAUGGAAUGGGUGGUAAUCAGGUUUUUUCCUAUACAGCCAACAAAGAAAUUCGAACAGAUGAUUUGUGCUUAGAUGUCUCUAAGUUAAAUGGUCCUGUCACAAUGCUUAAGUGCCACCACUUAAAAGGCAAUCAGCUUUGGGAAUAUGAUCCCGUGAAAUUAACCCUGUUGCAUGUGAACAGUAAUCAGUGCCUGGAUAAAGCCACUGAAGAAGACAGCCAGGUACCCAGCAUCAAAGACUGCAAUGGUAGCCGCUCUCAACAGUGGCUUCUUCGCAAUGUCACCCUUCCGGAAAUAUUCUGAAAGGUUUAUAAGAGGAGAAUUGACUGGACUACCUCAGCAAGUACAUUUGCUACAUUCUUACGUAGCAAACAAAGGCUGUAAGGUUUCAUAGGGGUUUUUUAACCCCCUGGAACAGACUCUUCUGAAUUUUCAAGAGCUGUCAGCCAGCCAUCCUGGUGUUAAUGUGUGUGGAACUAACUACAUGAGUACUUGUGAACCUCUGCACACUGAUGUUUACAAGACAUUUCUUCAAAGAAUCAUUUUAUAGAACACUCAAUCAGUGAAAACAUAAUCAAGGAUAUUUGCUCCCAAGAGAGUGGCACAAUCUAGUUUGCUUUUCCAUCAGUAGCCUUGUUCAACGGGUGCUGUCAUAAAGUUUCCUAAGAUUUUUGGUAAGAUUCAGUAGUGAGAAAGGUAUCAAGCACAGAUACAAAUGCAAAUGGAGCAGAUUCAGUAUCACAAGAGAAUGAAUCAGUGAAGCAAGGAAUGUGUAAAACAGGGUUGAGAGGCAAGAGAUCAGAACUACAUGAAGUACAAUUUGUAGUACUAAAUAAAUAUCAAAUUUAUAUGUAGAUUUUUUUUUACCUCAGUGAAAAAAACCCAAGUGAGACAACAACUUUCUGUUCAGAUGUAUGUAAGUCAUUACUAUAUUUUCCCUCCCCUUAAUUGAUCUGAAUUUUGAGAGGGCAAAACCCAAAAUUGAGCAUAAAUAAAAUUGGCUCUUUGAAUGUCGGUUUGUUUUUUAAAAAUCCCAAUUCUACUUUGGCUUCUGGGCUGUUGGAACUGUUAUUAUUAUUAUUUUUAAUUAUCUGAAAAUGAGGCUUCUAUAUCAUUUGCGUUUUCCUACUUGAGUUGAACUUGGGUCAGCCAGCUUCCAUUACCUGUCCAUUCAUCACCUGUCUUAAACAUUUGUUAGUGCAUUUUGAAUUUGUUAACUUCUUGGAUUAUGCUUAAUGGCCAAGUCUCUUACUACUGUACUACAGAUUUUGUUUCACAGCAAUAAAUCUUUAAUUCUUUGAUUUCAUUCA